AUGUCCACAAGGCUCUUGCAACACCUUCUUUGCAAGGAAAGCCACUGGACAAUCAAUGAGGGAGAAGUGAAGCUCCUUGACAUGGGAAUCAAGCCCAUCAUCUCACGCACAAGGAUGGGAAGAAGAUCAGAGGAGACAGAGGCACACGCACACAGGAAUCUCAUGCCUCUCCUUGAGCAGCUCCAAGCCUACAAGGUCACAGCUUACAACACUAGGCAUCAAAGAGGAAGGAAGCUUAGUGUUGGAGGGGUCAUCACACCAUCUCUGUGCAGCUGGAGUUCAACUGGACAAGAGAAGGUCUACUCCACCAGGUUGGAUGGACAUCAAGUUUUGCAAGACCAACCUCCUCAUUGA